AUGGUCUUGUGGCAGUCUGGGGCUAGAGGAGAGUUUGUGGGGGUGGUGGCUGCAAGGGCAGCUCAAGUGGAGGAAACAACCACAAUAAGACAUUAAGGUAGAGGGGUGAAGACAUCAGGUUAGCUCUGGGCGAUGGGUAACCAACUCCUAAGUGCCUGGGGAAUGCUCUCCUCACGGCCCCUCAGGGCACAUUUGCACUCACUGGAGUCACUUACUACGCUUGAUGGUUUUGGGGUGUUCCUCUGGGCCCUACCUGGGGUCACCCCCAGAUUCUAUCACUAGAAACACGAGGAGUUGGUUUAAUUUUCAGCCCAAAGUAUUUUUGGAAUGGAAAAACACUGUAUAGAGUGACUUCAGCAAGACAUUGAUCUGAGCUUGCUGCUUCUGGGGACAGCUGGAACACUGACACCUCUAGACGCAGCGAGACUCUUAUUUUGACAAGAGUGUAAUGAAACACUUAGAGCUCAGGGUUUGAUGUUUUUUUUUUCUUUUCUUUUUCUUUCUUUCUUUUUUUGUUUUCUUUUGUUUUGAUGCAAGUAACUUUCUGUUCUUCAGUUUCCUUCAAGUUCCCUUGGGUGUAUUUUUAAGCAAAUUUUAACAGCAGAAAAGUCAAAGUUUUGUGGCAGUUCUGCUUGGGUGAAACGUUUUUUUAUUAAUUAUCUCUUCAACUUGUUAAAGAUGUGGUAAAUGUUGCACAUCUGCUGUGUUCUGCCUACUGAGCAGGUGAACCCGCAGCGAGGUGACAACCCAAAAUUUGCUGUUCCUUGCUGCAGGUGUGUCCAUCCCCUAACACCACCUGGGCAAAGCUGGGGACAUAAAUCCCAGCCAGAAAUAUCAGCAGCGUUAGGACAGCUGCUUAGAAUGUCCUGGUGUCCAGACAACAGUGCUGGAUCAUCUUGUACAUGGGACAUCUGAGGUUUUGGCAGGGAUGUGACCCUUGCUCUGUCACAAGCUUGUUGGCCCAUAGACCAGAUGCAUGGAGAGCAGAUUUAGGGCAGUUUCACAAAGUAUUUAUCUUAGCUGUGGAUGGUGCCUGGAUUUCGUUCCCUUGUGAGCAAUGAGCCUGCAAUGUCCCCUGUGUGCUCCAGCCAAGCAGAGAGAAAUAUCGCUCUGAGCUCUGCAAGUGUUGUUUAUAAGAAGAGAGGCUUCAAGUUGAAAACAGCAGCUGUGAGUGUGCCCAAGGUUAAGCCCAGACAACAACAGAACUGAUCUUCCUACAAGGAAAAGCCAGAGGAAGGCAGAGCCAGCAUCUACCGCACCGUCUUCACCAAUUCCUGCAAGGAGAUGAUGUGCUACCCCGACUUCCCCUUCCCCGAUGACUACCCCAACUACAUACACAACACACGGCUCCAGCAGUACAUCCGUGACUACGCCCAGCAUUUUGACCUUCUCCGGCACAUCCGCUUCAAGACUCUGGUCACCAAGAUAAGGAAGCGCCCUGACUUCAGUGCUACAGGGCAGUGGGAGGUGGUUACACGAAGAGACGGGAAGGAAGAGGCAGCGGUUUUUGAUGCUGUUAUGGUUUGCACUGGGCACCAUGUCUACCCGAACCUCCCCCUUGCCCACUUCCCAGGGAUAGAGAAGUUUAAAGGCUGCUACUUACACAGCCGGGAGUACAAGGAGCCAGAAAAGUUCAAAGGGAAGAAGGUGCUGGUGGUUGGCUUGGGCAACUCUGGCUGUGACAUUGCUGUGGAGCUCAGCACCGUGGCCUCGCAGGUUUACCUGAGCUCCCGAGGUGGCUCCUGGGUGAUGAGCCGUGUCUGGAACUUCGGCUGCCCCUGGGACAUGGUGCUCAUCACCCGCUUCUGGACGUGGCUGGAUAACUUUCUCCCCAAGGCAGUCAGUGACUGGCUCUAUGUCAGGAGCAUGAACAAGCAGUACAAGCACGAGGACUUAGGCCUAAUGCCGGUGGAUGGAGCAUCCCGCAAGGAACCAGUGUUGAACGAUGACAUCCUGAGCCGCAUCACCUGUGGUGUGGUGCAGAUAAAGCCAAAUGUGAAGGAAUUUAGAGAAACAUCAGUCUUGUUCGAAGAUGGGACUGUGCAGGACAACGUCGAUGUGGUUGUCUUUGCCACUGGUUACUCUCACGCCUUUCCUUUCAUGGAGGAUGAAUCUGUCAUUGAAAGCAGGAACAACGAGGUUGCCCUCUACAAAUGCAUUGUUCCUCCUCAGCUGGAGAAGCCAACCCUGGCAGUCAUUGGGUUGGUCCAGUCCUUUGGAUCCGCCAUCCCGACAGCAGACGUCCAGUGCCGCUGGGCAAUCAAGGUGUUUCAGGGGCUCUGCACGCUCCCCCCGGUCAGCGAGAUGCUGGAGGACAUAGAGGAGAAGAAGAGAAAUAAGGUCAAAUGGUUCAGAACAAGCAACACGCUGCAGACCGAUUACAUCACCUACAUGGACGAGCUGACCUCAGCUAUCGGUGCGAAGCCCAACAUGCUCAAGCUCCUGCUGACAGACCCACGGUUGGCCCUGAAGGUCUUCUUCGGCCCCUGCAGCCCCUACCAGUUCCGCCUGACAGGGCCAGGGAAGUGGAGCGGGGCCAGGAGAGCCAUCUUCACCCAGUGGGACCGGACACUGAAGCCCACGAGGACACGUGAAGCCCCCCCUGCCACCAGUACCCUCCCCACCCUGCUGGUGCUGGGGAUGCUCUUCCUCCCACUCCUUCUCCUCCUCACUGUGCUCUACUGGUAGGGUGAUGGGGAGGGCUGCAGGCUUGCCAAGUGGCUUCUGUGCGUGGGAAGCUUUCUGCUGGCCACCUGACUCCUUGCCUGAUAAUUCGUCAAAAGCUCCCACAUAUAUAUAAUAUACAGCAAUGUAAAUUGGUGUAACCUCUGUGCCUUGUGAAUUUGGGACCUUUCUCAGCUGUGGCUAUAACAAAGUAUAAAGGUGCCAGCUGGUGAUUUUAUCUCUA